AUGUCUGGAGAGACAAAGCCCCCAGGGACCGGAAACUGCCCAGUCAUCCACCCACGGCAGCAGAGAGGGCAGAGAUGUCGCAGGCACAGGGCCCAGGAAGAUGUUGAGGACAGGAGGAAACACCGACCUAAGAAAAAUGUGGGGGACCCAGACAUUGUGAAAUCCCCCAGUGACCACAAGGAAUACAGGUACCUUAAAUUAAAAAAUGGCUUGAAUGUGCUGUUGAUUUCUGACUUGUCUUAUGAUGACUGCAAUUCUUCAGAGGCAUCUGAAGAGGAAAUAGAGGAAGACAGAAUGUCCUCUGGAACAGAUGAGGAGGAAAUCCCUGAGCCUGAGAAGAACAGCAGUAGUGAGGAUGAAGAGUUGAAAGAUGGAAUUGUAGAAGAAUUUGCAGAUGACUUUGGGGGUGGAGAUGUCAGUGAUGAAACUGUUGAAGAUGAUGACAAAGAAGUUGUUAGUGAUCGUGAUCCUGUUCGUGAUUUUGUUCAUGCUCUCAAAGACAAUGUUAGUCAGACAAAAUAUCAUGAUGAUCCUGAAGGUUAUGAAGAACUAGUGAAACAAGAAGUUUUAAACAAGAUGGGCAGUACAGAAAAACAGUCUGCAGCUGCCCUUGCAGUUUGUAUUGGCAGUUUCUAUGACCCUGAUGAUUUACCUGGGCUAGCUCAUUUUCUGGAGCAUAUGGUAUUUAUGGGUAGCAAGAAAUACCCAGAUGAGAAUGGGUUUGAUACAUUCUUAAAGAAGCAUGGAGGCUCUGACAAUGCAUCGACUGAUGCAGAGCGAACAGUCUUUCAGUUUGAUAUUCAGAAGAAAUAUUUUAAAGAAGCCCUUGACAGAUGGGCACAAUUCUUCAUUCACCCACUGAUGAUAAAGGACGCAAUUGACAGGGAAGUGGAAGCCGUGGACAGUGAAUAUCAAAUAGCAAGGCCCUCUGAUGCAAACAGAAGGGAAUUGCUGCUUGGAAGCCUUGCAAAACGAGGACAUCCAAUGAGAAAAUUCUUUUGGGGUAAUGCUGAGACACUUAAACAUAUUCCAAAAAAGAAAAACAUUGACACCUAUGCAAGGCUGCGGGAUUUCUGGAAACGUUACUACUCAGCCCACUACAUGAAUCUUGUACUGCAGUCUAGAGACACACUGGACAUUUUGGAAAAAUGGGUGACAGAAAUCUUCUCACAGAUUCCAAAUAAUGGACUCCCUAGACCAACCUUUGGUCACCUGUUGCAGCCAUUUGACACACAAGAAUUUCAUAGGCUUUAUAAAGUUAUUCCAGUGAAAGAAAUCCAUUCUUUCUGUAUCUCUUGGGCUCUUCCUCCACAAGAAAAGAAUUAUAGGAUUAAGCCUCUCCACUACAUCUCCUGGCUGAUAGGGCAUGAAGGGAAGGGGAGUGUGCUUUCACUUCUUAGGAAAAAGUUUUGGGCUCUUGCAUUGUAUGGAGGAAAUGGUGAGACAGGAUUUGAACAAAAUUCCACCUAUUCCAUCUUCAGCAUUUCUGUGACUUUGACAGAUGAAGGUUUAGAACAUUUCUAUGAGGUUGCUUAUCUUAUAUUCCAGUAUUUGAAGAUGUUGCAAAAAAAUGGACCUGAAAAAAGAAUAUGGGAAGAAAUUCAGAAGAUUGAAGCCAAUGAAUUUUGCUUCCAGGAACAGAUUGAUCCACUUGAAUAUGUAGAAAACAUUUGUGAAAAUAUGCACAUCUUUCGCAAGGAGGACCUAUUGACAGGGGAUCAGCUACUGACUGAGUAUAACCCUGAAGUCAUUGCCAAUGCGCUUAGUUACCUCAUCCCUCAGAAAGCAAACCUGUUUCUCUUGUCUCCUACCCAUCGAGGAAAAUGUCACCUGAAGGAAAAAUGGUUUGGGUCACUCUACUCUGUAUCAGAAAUUGAUGCAUCCUGGAGUAAAUUGUGGAGCAGUGACUUCGCGUUACAUCCAGACUUACACCUGCCUGAAGAAAAUAAAUAUAUAGCCACAGACUUCACUGUGAAGAAUUCAAGUGGGAAAACCAAAGAAUAUCCAACCAAAAUCUUGAAUACCAGUCAUGGCUGCCUAUGGUAUAAAGAAGAUAAUAAAUUUGGUGUCCCUAAAGCGUUUAUCUGUUUCUAUCUGGUGUCUCCAUUGAUACAAAAGUCUGCACUGAAUAUGGUGCUCUUUGAUACUUUUGUAAGCAUCCUCAGCCACAGCUUGGCUGAACCAGCAUAUGAAGCAGAUGUUGCUCAGAUGGAAUACAAAGUCAUCGCUAAAGAUCACGGCCUGACCAUUCGUGUGAAAGGUUUUAACCAUAAACUGCCUUUGCUCUUUGAACUGAUCAUUGAUCACUUGUCUGACCUCAGCUUCACACCUUCCACAUUCCAGAUGAUAAUUGAGCAGCUUAAAAAGACAUACUUCAACUAUCUCAUCAAAACAGAUACCCUGGCAAAAGAUCUACGUCUCUCAAUACUGGAGCAUGGCAGGUGGUCUUUAAUAGAAAAAUAUCAGAUUUUGACUAAUGGCAUUUCCAUAGAAUCCCUGUAUGAAUUUGUGAAAGCUUUCAAAUCAAAUCUGUGGGUAGAGGGACUCGUCCAAGGAAACUUUACAAGUCUUGAAUCAAAGGAAUUUUUGAAUUAUGUUUCCAAAAAACUGGACUUCAGUCCUCUAAUACAUCCAUGUCCUAUUCAGUUCCGGGUGACAGAACUUCCAAAUACUCACAUCCUGUGCAAAGUGAAAUCCCUUCACAAAGGUGAUCCAAACUCUGAAGUCACCGUCUACCACCAGACUGGUGCUAAGACUUUAAGAGACUAUUCACUCACAGAACUGCUCGUGAUGCACAUGGAGGAGCCAUGCUUUGACUUCCUGAGAACGAAGAAUACGCUGGGCUACCAUGUCUAUCCUGCCACAAGAAACACAUCUGGGAUCCUAGGCUUCUCUGUUACCGUAACAACACAGGCAACCAAAUAUAACACUGAAUUUGUUGAUAAAAAAAUAGAAGAAUUCUUUUUGUACUUUGAGAAUAAACUCCGGAAUUUGUCUGAAGAAGAAUUCACUGCUCAGGUCUCAGCUCUAAUAAAGCUUAAGCAAACGAAUGACUCCCAUCUUGGUGAAGAGGUGGAGAGGAACUGGAAUGAAGUGAUAACUCAGCAAUAUUUGUUUGACAGACUUGCCCGAGAGAUUGUAGCACUGAAGAGUCUAACUAAACACCAUUUGCUUGACUGGUUCCUAGCAUUCCGGGGCAAAUACAGAAGAAUUCUGAGCACUCAUGUGGUUGGAUAUGGUAAACAGGAAGGAGACUUAGAAGUUCCACAAACCUCCACUGCUCAGGAUUCUUUGUUUGCUAAAAUACCCGAAUUAACAUUUUUAUCUUCUUCUGUGUUGAAUUUCCCGACUAUUAUGGACAUCCAGGCUUUCACCUCAACACUUAAUAUUCUUCCUUACCACAAGAUACUAAAAUAAACGUUCAUCAUCUUUA